UCGGUGGCUUUCUAGCUCGCUGAAUGAGUGAGGUACUGUAGGGUAGAGGAAGAGAGACUGAGACAAAUGUAAAUGUUUGACGGAGAGAGUCCAAAACAUGUUCUGUCGCGCUGCUGAAGUGGCGUGCAGGCGAGCAACGUGUGCGCUACUUCUUGGCCUACUCGGCGUCCUUGUGCUGUUGUUGUGCCUGGACCUCGGUGAAGAGAGGGUGUCAGCCUCGUCUCAUAAUGACAGCGUGAACCCUGCACCCGCCGUCCAUGGACAUAUCGCAGCACCGUCGAGCGAGUAUCUUGGACCGGAACACAUUCCCAGCGUCCGCGACACCAACCUACUCUCCAAACCAAAUGACAGCCCCGACCAUCGUUCCACCGUGCGCUGGAGGCGCCGAACAGCACGCUGGGGUGAUGGUGAGCCUGCGGUCCAUUGUGGAGAUCAACUCUUGCGCGUGUUCGUCAGGCGCGAGGACGUUCGGCACCUGCAGGUGUUCUCGGGGAGUGGGGUGCCCCUGGCACUGUCUCAUCUGCCUGGGGGUUGCGGAAUACGUCUUGUCAUGACGAGCUCAGAGGCCAUCCUCAUCUCCCAAUACACAGGCUGCUUCAUGACACAACAGGGCUCGGAGUGGGUGUUGUGGCUACGCUGGUUUGGACGAUUGGUUCGAGCUUCCUGCCCCGCUCCCAAGGCCACGCCUCCUCCCGCUGUCACCUGCCAACAUCAAGAUAUGGCUGCUACAUUUACAGGACACAGACUGCAGGAGGCACUCUCGAUUAGGGUCGGUGGUAGUUGGCUCCCCCUGCUGGAUGCAAUGGCUUGGUGUGGAAUGGAGGCGGAUGUUACUCCACAAGGCAUCACCAUCACUGCUGCCUAUACAUGCUGUGCUGUCACUGAACAGGAUGGACAUUACCUGCUCUCUAUCCAGGUCACAGGGAGGGAUGUGACCGUGUCGUGUCCAGCUGACAUUCUCAGUUACCCAGCAUCCUCCCUUCAUGGCCCUUCCCACUCCACACACGAACCACACCCCUUUCCAGACAACUUCCCUAGUAGACCACACCCACUGCCACCUGUCACCCAGCUUGCUCCACCUCACCCAGACACCACCCACCAGAGUAUACCAGACUCCAUGCCGUGGCAGCCACCCUAUGUCCUGGUCCCACUAGACUCCUCAGCCUGGCAUCCAGGUGGGAAUCCUGUUCCCAGCGUGGCUAGCCCACCCCAGACCUCCACAGGCACGUCUUCAGGACUAGAGGGGAUAACCACCACCACCCCAACUUCUAAAACACUAGUCCAUGUCUGGUUGAAUGACUACUUCAGUAACAACCCACAGCCCAACAGACCGCCAGAGAACUAUGAAGGAAUGACGGCUCCGGAUAGCUCCAGCCCCUCUUCUCGUGAGUUCAUGACCACAGCCAUGUCUUCAGGGCCCGAGGCGACGACUACCCCUAUUCCUAAAACAGCCGUUCAUGUCUGGUUGAGUGACUACCUCAGUAACAAUCAGCUCUGGCCGAAGCCCUUGACACCCCCAGAGGAAGAAGAAGGAGUAGCUACUCCUCCUACUGUAUCUCUCAGCCCAGACGCCCAUUUUGAAGAGUCUUCUACUCAGUAUCCACCUCUGGUUACUCCACAGACCGUGUCCACUACCUCGACUCCUAAAACAGCCGUUCAUGUCUGGCUGAGUGGUAACCCAGAGACAUAUCUUGUAAACACAACAGUCUCUUCACCUCAAGAUACACCUUUGGUCAGUCCUGUUCCCAGCACAGCCAGUCCAAUCCAGACUGUGACUACUACCCCAACUCCUAAAACAGCUGUUCAUGUCUGGCUGAGUGAAAACCCAGAGACAUAUCUUGAAAACACAACAGUAACUUCAUCUCAGGAUACACCUUUGGUCACUCCUGUUCUCAGCACACCCCCAGAGAAGGAAGAAGGAAUAACUACAGAAGAAAACUCCACCACUCCACCUCCCACUGUAUCUCUUGACACAGAAGCCCCUUUUCAAAACACAACAGUCUCUUCACCUCAGGAUACACCUUUGGUCACUCCUGUUUCUAGCACAGCGAGUCCACUCCAGACUGUGACAAAUACCCCAACACCAAAAUGUGAUUGUGCCAGUAAUCAUCCUGACUGGCCGAAGCCCUCCACACCCCCACAUUCAGUCACCACAACCCCGGCUCCCCCAUCAGUGCUAGUUACUACCACCCCUUCUCCACGGUCUGUGGUGAAUGUCUGGAUCAGUGAACAUCUCUUAAACAGAUAUCUCCGUCCACCUGCACAAACCUCUAAGCCUCCUGAGGAAGGUCUAGAAGGAUUAGACACAAGGACAACCACCCUUGCUGCGAGUCCUGUGGCGAACCCAUCAGAGCCAGUGACAACCACCCCUUCUCCACGUUCUGUGGCAAAUGUUUGGCUUAGUGAGUACCUCUCCAACAGCUAUCUUCAUCCAGCUACAACAACCAUUAAGCCUCCUCAGGAAGAUCUUUCAGACCCAGUGACCCCUCAUCCUAGGUCUGUGGCAAAUGUUUGGUUGAGUGAUUACCUGUCCAAACCUCCAGAGAGCGAUGUUGAGACAUUGGUGUCAGAUAAUUCCAAUCCCACAACCUUCAGGCCAGGUCACUUCCAUUUUAGGAACUGGAGGUCUUUUGGAGGAUUGUUAACUCCAGACGCUGAGUCUCCACAGCCUCCUCCUGUCACCCACCAGCCAUUACUGUAUACACCCCAACCACCAGCUCUCAGAACAACUAGUCCGCUACAGACAGUGACUCCUAAAAGAGCCUCCCAUGUGUGGUUGAGUGAUUACCUCAGUAAUCAUCCUGUCUUUCUGAAGCCUACCACAAACCCAGGACCUGUGUCUUCAUUAGAGAGUGUGUCAAGGAUAACGUCACAUCCAGUCACUACUACCCCUGCUCCAAAGACUGUAGCGAAUGUUUGGCUGAGUGAAUAUCUCUCCAACACUUAUCUCCGUCCACGCUCGCUAACCUCUAAACCUCUAGAGGAAGGUAUAUCAGACACAGGGACCCUCGCUGCUAGGUCUUUUGAGAACCUUUCACAUUCUCUGACUGCCACCCCUACUCCACGAUCUGUGCCACAUACAUGGAUGAGUGAGCAUCUCUCCAACAACUACCCCCACCCAGCUGCGCUAAACCCUAAACCUGCACAUAGUGAUGUGGGAACAGUGAGACCAGAGAAAUCCCAUUCUGCGUCCUUUAAGCCCGGUCGACUCCUGUUUACAAACUGGAAAGCUUCUGGAGGAACUUUAGCACCAAAACCUGAGGGUUUACAACCUCGUGGAGCCAACACUGAGAACACACUGCAACCUGUUGGCACUUCCGCACUGGGUGUUGCCUCCCACCCAGGUGCUGCCGUCCAAAAUGUUGCUGGGUCAAGCACCACAGCACCAGAACCAGCACCAGCUUCAGGUCAUCCUCCUUCGGUGGAGAACCCAUCAGAGCCAGUGACAACCACCCCUGCUCCACAGUCCAUGGCCAAUAUAUGGCCGAGUGAGUAUCUCUCUAACAAUUAUCUCCCCCCAGAUGCACUGACCCCUAAACCUGCGCAUAGUAAUGUAGAAGCAGUGAGAUCAGAGAACUCUAAUCCUGUAUCCUUCAGGCCUGGUCGACUCCUGUUUACCAACUGGAGGCCUUUUGAAGGAGUUAUAACUUCAAGACCUCAGUCUCCACAGCCUUCCCCUCUUCCUGUCAAGCCCCCUGCCUCAGUAUCAGCUGAUUCAGAGACUUCUCAGAAGUCCCCAGUUCUCAGCAUGGCCAGUCCACGGUAUCCAGUGAGUGCUUGGCUGCGUGAUUACCUCUCCAGCAACUACAUCCGUCCACCUGCACCUGAGACCACUAAACCUCCAGACAGCACUGUGAGUGAUAGUGCGGCCAUCUUUACACCCGAGGUCUCCAAUCCCUCCUCGACCUACUCGGGCCUUCGAUAUUUCCCACGCUGGAUCCCCCUCAGGCCACCUGUUUCCCCGUCUGCCGGUCCACCUGUCUCCCCCACUCAUUCUCCUGCAGCUGCUGCAACUGUCUUUUCAGGUUCUCCUCUCACAGACACAUCUGCGUCUGUCUCCCCAACGUCACAAGGUGUUAAACCUGCGUCUGCCAGCUAUGAGUAUACAGCUGUUACACCUGGGUCUGGUGUCCUACCUGCUCCUCCCGUCCAUAAAUCUGCUGUGUACACCUGGCUUAGUAAUUAUCUCCCUAAACACGGAAUCAAGGCACCCACAGGGCAGAUACAGAAAGGGCUCCAGUCGCCCACAGUCGCCCACCUACAACGUGUACCCUAACUGACCAGCAGGCCAGUGACCUCAAAUCCCCUCUCCUGCAUAACGCCCCCUCUCCUACACGCCAGCAGCAGUACAAAUGUCAAAAUGACCCCCACUCCCAGCUAGCUGUGUGCCCCAAUGCCGCCCUCCCACGUAGUCAGAUGCCACUGCCAGCCACCCUUCGCUUGCUCCCUAACACCACACUCCCCUGGAUCAUUGGCCACUAAUGGAUUCUUCUGUCUAUUCUGAAGGAAAGUAUGGAGUCUGAGGAAGAUGGAAAGAUAUGGUGCCAAAAAAGCUGGACUGAUGGGAUGACCAUGGUUAUCAUUGAAGAGUAUAAAAGUGUGAAGACAAAUCAAAUCUAAAUAAAUAUGUAUUCUAUCAAAUAAAAACCCCUCAAUGAA